AUGAAUACAAAAAUCCAAGAAAAAAUAUCAAAUCCAAACUUCAUUCAAAAUACAUUCCCUCUUAAUGUUAAAGAAUUAAGCGAGAACAGUCCAUAUAGAGCCAUGAACUUUAUCAAUGGGAUUUGGAAAUGUGCUUCUAAUUAUCUAGAAAUAUUGGAUCCACUUAAUGGUGAUAAGUUCAUUCUUGUUCCAAACAAUUUGACUGAAGAAGAAAUUAAUGAAUAUAGAGACGCUGCCAUAUAGUGUCCCAAAUCCGGUCUUCACAAUCCACUCAAAAAUCCUGAUAGAUAUAAUCUAUACGGAGAAAUCUUUCACAGAGUUUCAUUUCUUUUAGGAUUGCCCUAAGUCGAAGAUUAUUUUGUCCAUCUCAUCCAAAGAGUUGCUCCAAAAAGUGACAUCCAAGCAAGAGGAGAAGUUAAAGUCACUCAAAGAUUCCUAAUGAAUUUCUCUGGCGAUCAAUGUCGUUUCCUUACUAGAUCUUUUAAUGUAAGUGGCGAUGUACAAGGAUAACAAUCAAGUGGAUAUAGAUUCCCAUAUGGACAUGUUGCCAUUAUUGCUCCUUUUAAUUUCCCUCUUGAAAUACCUGCACUCUAAAUGAUGGGAGCUCUACUUGCUGGAAAUAGAUUGACCAUCAAAGGAGAUCAAAGAGUAUCAGUUGUUUUGGAAAUGUUUCUAAGAUUGCUUCAUUUGGCUGGAUUGCCUCCAACAGAUUGUGAUUUGAUUCAUUGUGAUGGGCCCUAAAUGGAAUCAUUGCUUAAGAAAUCCAAUUUUAGAUUAUUGCAAUUUACAGGCUCAUCUGGUAUUGCUGAAAGAUUAUGCAAUGUUAUGAAUGGAAAGAUUAAAAUUGAAGACGCAGGAUUUGAUUGGAAAAUACUUGGACCAGAUGUCAUUGAAUUUGAUUAUGUUGCCUAUCAAAGUGACCAAGAUGCUUAUGCAUUCAGUGGCCAAAAAUGCAGUGCUUAAUCAAUAUUAUUUGCACAUAAAAAUUGGGUUCAAGCUGGAAUUCUCGAUAAAAUUAAACUAUUGGCAGAGUAGAGAAGUCUUCAAAAUUUAACUAUUUGUCCUAUUCUUACUUGGAACAAUCAGAGAAUACAAACUCAUCUUGAUAAACUUUUGGCCAUUUAAGGAGCUAAAGUUCUUUUUGGUGGAAAACCUAUUAAUGAAUAACAUAAAAUACCAGAAUGUUACGGUUCCUACCUACCUACAGCUGUCUAUAUUCCUUUAUAAUAAAUCAAAGAGAAUUUUGAGUUAGUUACAACAGAAGUAUUUGGACCAUUUUAAGUUGUUACAGAGUAUGAGAAUGAAGAUCAUGUAAUUGAGAUACUUGAAAAUAUACCUCAUAAUCUGACAGCUGGUGUAGUGUCUAACGAUAUUAGAUUUGUUCAAAAGAUAUUAGCUAAUACAAUCAAUGGAGUUACAUAUGCAGGUAUCAAAGCUAGAACUACAGGUGCUCCUUAAAAUCAUUGGUUUGGACCUUGUGGAGAUCCAAGAGGUACUGGUAUCGGUUCACCAGAAGCUAUUGUCUAAACUUGGACCACUCAUAGAGAAAUCAUUAUGGAUAUUGGAACAACUCCAAAAAGUUUAACAUAAAGUUGA